AUGCUCCCUUCUCUCUCGCCCGCAGUAUCCCUUCCCUUGCCUCUCUGGCUCGCUCCAGGCUGUGCAUCAGCCCGCUGCCCCCCUCUCUGCUGUCGCGUUGAUCCCAUCCUCCCUCACCGUCACGUCUUCCAUCACGUUGCCCAUACCGGCCAGGCGAGCGAGACCCACCGCCGCGCCUUUCAUUCUCGCUCUGUUGCUUGUGCUGCGAGCGGUAUCCGCCUCCCCUGUUUCCUUCAUGCCGCAGGUGCCGUUCGGGCGAGCGGUAGCCGCCUCCGCGCCUCUCCUCUCGAGAGUCAUACGGAUCUGGUGAGCGCGAAUCCCCUCCGCUUCUCCAGUCGUGAUACUUCCGAGGAUCUGGCGAGCGCGCGUUGCCUCCGCGCCCACUUUCCCUGUGCUGUCGCGGCUCUGGCGAGCAGUGGCCGCCUCCUCGCCUCUCCUCACGCAGCGGCCGCAAUUCUGGCGAGCGGUAACCGCUUCCUCGCCUCUCGUCAUGCUGCCGCCGUGGCUCUGGUGAGCGCACGCCGCCACCGCGCUCCCCGUCACGGUUCUGCCGCUGAUCUGGCGAGCGCGCGCCGCCACCACGUCUCCCAUCACGAUACAGCUGCGGAUCUGGCGAGCGUGCACCGCCGCCGCGUCCCCCGUCACGAUGCAGCCGCGGAUCUGGCGAGCGCGCACCACCGCCGCAUCCCUUUUCGGGAUACAGCCGCGGAUCUGGCGAGCGCGCACCGCCUCCGCGUCCUCCGUCACGAUUCAGCCGCGAAUCCGGCGAGCGCACGCCGCCGCUGCGACUCUCGCCCCUUUGUUGACGCGGAUCUGGAGAGCGCGAGCCACUGCCACGCUUCCCGCCGUCACCCUUCUCUCCGCCGCGCGGCUGGUCUCGACGGGCAUUUCGCGCUGCUCGCCUGCGCCUUCCUUCUGGGAUUCAUGUGUGAGGCGUUUUGCAAGUGGGACGACCCGGCCCAGGUGGAGAAAUCGGUGCCUUUCUUCAAGGCGCUGGGCGGGCGGCACCUCAACUACGGCAUUGAUGGCAACGACUUUCCGGUAUUUCGAACGGGGUUCAUGAAGGCACUGAAGAAGGCGUUUGGAGAGCGGUGGCAUGGGGAGCUGGAAGGUGCAUGGUGUGCCGCCUUUGACAUGCUGGAGGGGGUUGCUAGCACCGGCAUGGCGGAGGGCGGGGGGUUCAAGCGAGUGCCCGCCUUCAUGCUCGCAUGA